AUGCGGUCUUACUACGAGUCGUUUGGUGCAGCGCUGGGUGAGGAUUCGAAUGGGGAAUCGAGCCCGGCGGAGGACCAGGGUUGGGGAAGGGCAGGACGCCAUUCUCCAGAGAAUGCUGGCACGGGCGGCAUCUCAAGCGACUCGAGGGACCGCGAGGAGAGCGAGUCCUGGAGUCGGGGCGCGAGGACCCCGAUGAGGCAGCCGGCUUGGGAUGGCUGGUCAGAGGAUGGCUCCUGGCAGGGGCAACGAAGUUCGUGGAUGGAGGAGGACUUGCAGAGCAACGAGAACUGGUCCAGGAAGUACGGCCGUGACCCGGACCAGCAGAGCACCGAGAACUGGAGCUGGACAGAUGGUCCGGGAGAUGAAGAGGGGGGAAGAAGUAUGGAGAAUUGGAGCUGGAAGACUGGAUAUCCGGGCAGCGGGGCUGGCUGGAAUGGCCGGGCGAAGGCGUGGCAAAGUGCGGCCGCGGGUCGAGAAAGCGCGGCCUACUAUGUCAGGGAGUAUGAGAAUGACGAGCCCUACUACCAGGACCAGCCCGAGGAGGACAAGAUUCGCGACCGGAAGGGAGAAGUUAAGGUGGUCGGGGAAGACACGAUUCUCGAGAAGGAGAAGAAGAUAGGCGGCCGCGUGUCGAGCACUUACCCGCCAACGUUCCGGGCGAAGCCGCAGGAGAGCUAUGCCGAGUGGCGGCGGGCCGUGGAGUUCUGGAUUGGAGGGGAGGGCAGCCAACUCCCUCCCGAAUUGAUCGGGCCGAGAAUGAUGGUCCAACUUCGGGACCGAGCGGCCCAACUCGUGAAGAGGCUUUCCAAUGCAGAUGUCAAUGGCCCGGACGGCAAGGAGGUGAUUUUUCGCGAGCUUGAGAAGAGCCCCCUCAUCAAGCAGGUGGACAAGCACAAGGUGGAUGAGCACAGGCGCCGCUUGAUGCAGCUUAACAGGGCCCCCCACGAGUCUGUCGAGAGCUAUAUCACACGAGCCUCCUUGUAUAGGGGGCAGCUCCUGGGCCUUGACAGCUCCUUGGCCAUGGGCGAGGCGUUCUAUGUGGGGCACUUGCUGGACCAUGCCCACUUAAGCCGCAGAGACCGAGCAAUGAUCAAGACCAAGGCCGGGACGGACACAGACGAGCACUUGGUUACGAGUGCUAUGGUCGAGUUGGCGUGCGAGCUGGAGGGCGAGCCGGGUUACCCUUUGGGCAUGUCGGAGCCGAACAUAGCUCGGAAUGGAGAAGAGUGGAUGCUACAGCGGGGUGAUCAGCGAAGCCGUUUUCAAGGACAAGGUCCAGGCCGGGGCGUGAGUGGAGCCCCGGGAAGCAGAGCUGCACGCCAGUCCUUCGCGGCUGACUGGGAGGAGGUCGUGGAGAGCCCCUUCCCCGAGGAGGGCGAGGACUCGCUGGAUGAAGGUGAUGCCCCGCCCGAGUUGCUGAUGAAGGAGAACGAGGCGUUCGGCAUGCAGUACAAGGCCAAGCAGAAGAUCGCGGAAGUGAAGAAGCUGAGGCAGUACUACCGCAAGCCGGAUAAUGAUGCCAAACGCAAGGCCCUCGCGGAACAGAUGAAGGUGAACCCCUGUCACAACUGUGGGGAGCUUGGGCACUGGAGUCGUGAAUGCCCAUUGCCUCCCAAAGGUGGUGGACCGAAUGCGGGGCCAAAGGCUCAGCAAGCUUUUGUGGCCCGAGCCCGGGUGAUGCCAGCCGUUCAGGAGGAGCCGGCAGAUCGUGAAUGGGAUCUGUUGCUUUCGAUGUGCCGCGGGGAGCCACAGCGCUCUCCUGACUUGAGCUCGGGUUCUCGCUCGCAGUACAAGGGCCCUCGGCAUCACGCUGUUCAUCAUGUUGUGCAUCACGUUGGCAUGAGCAUGAAUGAGGUCGAGGGUUAUGAUGUGCUGUGGUCAGUGAAAGAGCUUGCCUUCAAGAUCAUACUGGAUAUUGGGUGUAUGCGGUCGGUGGCUGGGGUGCAAUGGGCAAAUAUGCUGGUGUCUCGUUGGAAGGAGGAGGGGAGAUGGCUACGGGUGGAACCUGAACGAGAAACCUUCAAGUUUGGGGGCGGGGAGGUCCUAGUGAGUCGCUUUCGAGUCUCUUUCGUCGGGAGCUUUGCGGGGCGUCCGGUCCUCUACGGCUUUAGCAUCGUCGAGGGCGAUUGCCCGCCCCUCUUCUCGAGGACCAAGCGAGUAGCCCCGAGCCUGACUUUCGAGGCGCACAUGAGCGCGUCGGCGGCCCCUCGAUGCAAGCUGUGCCAGAGCACCGAGCACAAGACGAGAGACUGCCCGACGAUCGAGGAGGUCGACUCGAACGACGAGAAGAAUGCCCAGGAGAUGGACCACGACGGCGACGACCGGCUACGCAGGGCAGCACCACCGAGACCCGAGUCGAAGAUGACCGUGAAGGGCCGUCGGGCAACUACGGCGACGAGCUCUCCAGCACCGUCCUCGGAGGGCUACAUCUUGGUGGAGGAGGCGACCCAGGGCCUCACCUCGGAGGAGAUCCACAUGCUCAACAAGAGGAGGGCCAAGCAAGCUGCCUCAAAGGCCCGGGCGGUUCAGAAGAAGGCCUUGACCGGAGUCCAUGCGGAGUACCCGUCCUUGUCCCAUGCAUGGAGCAACGAGGUGGCCCUCAAUCUGGUGGCGUCCACGGCGAGCAGGAUGAGGACGUACUUGUGGAAGAAGCUGGUCUGGCAAGCACGAGUCAAAGCUGCCGUGGAGGCCGAGGGGAAUCGGAGGUGGAAGAGGAACCCUCGGUGGCUGUCGAUGUUGCUGGGCAAGGAGGUGGCCUUCCUCUUCGGCCACUUCGGGGCGAUGAGGCCGAACCGGGGUUUGCAUCAGAGGAUAAAGGCCGGCGUGCGCCAGGCGAAGGAGGCUUUGGCGGUGGUGGAGCGCAUCGUGCGGGACCCCGGCAAGAAGUUGCUCCUGGAGAUCUUUGCGGGCCAGGCCGGUUUGACAGCGAGGGCGAGGCACACCGAGGGUUGGAUGGCGGCGGCCCCGGUGGACCUCGCAACGGGCUGGGAUCUCACGGUCAAUGCGAACCAGAAGAAGCUCUUGGAGAUGAUUGACCAGUGCCAGCCCGACCUGGUGACCCUUGAGCCGCCGUGCGGGCCGUGGUGCAGUGGGCCGGAGCUUCUCGCCGAGACCAAGCUGUGGGAUCGCCGUCGAGAGCACCUACCUUUUUGGCGGUUAGUCGCCGAGGUGUGGCGACGACAAGUGGCCGGGCGCCGUAUGGUCGUGUUGGUGCAGCCGGUCAUGUCGCAGGCUUUGAGUCUUAACUUCAUGAAGGACCGCGACGAGGUGAUCCGCGGGGUGUUGCCGAUGUGCAGUUUUGGGCUGUGCGACCCCGAGACCAAGAAGCCCUACAUGAAGAAGGUGGUUGUGGAGUCCAACUGUGCCCCGCUGAUCCGGUACAUGCUUCGCGGGGCUUAUUGCACCCACGCAGCGGGCGAGCAUCAGCCCAUCCAAGGCUUUUGUCGUGGCGAAGGUGGCUGGGUGCGUCGCUCGGAUGAAGCAGCCAGGUGGCCGGACAAGUUUUGUGGCAGCAUCCUCCAGGCGGCCGAGUAUGCAAUGAAACAGGUGGGGGAGGCAGGGCCCUGGGCGGUACACGCCGCGACGUGUGGGUCGCAAUGGGAGACCUUGGCAGUGUCGAGCUCCACGGUGGCAGAUGAAGGGCUACGCCAGGAGCUGGCUAAGCACUCCAUGACCGGGGAAAGGUACGACUUUGUCUGCUUUGACGGGGCGGCCAACCAACAGCCGCGUCGGUUGCGGGCCCUGGUCGCGCAUCUGCAUGUGACCCUUGGGCACUUGUCGAAUGAGAGGCUGGGUCGCAUGCUGCGUUUGAGUGGGGCAAGUGAGGCGGCCGUGGCCCUAGCGAACAGUUUGCGGUGCCAGGUGUGCGCCAUGACCAGACCGCCCCAGAACACCCCGCAGGUGGCCUAUCAGAAGCCGAAGUUCUUUAACGAGCGGGUCUCCGGGGACACCUUCUACGUCUGGGACGCCGACGGCAACAAGUUCGCGGCCACCCACUACUUGGACGCCCUCACGGAUUACCAGGUGGCCGACUUGACGGACCGGCCGGACUCAGCCUUUAGCCGAGAAGUGUUUCAGGACCUGUGGCUCGCGGUUUUUGGGCCACCCGACACUUUGGUGACUGAUGGCGGCCCAGAGUUCCAAGGGUCAGUGUCAGUGAUGCUAGAGCUGAUGGGGAUCGUGCAGGAGGUGGUCCCCGAGGGUGCCAAGUGGCGACUGGGUCAGGCCGAGCGACACGGGGCAGUGCUAAAGCUCAUGGUCAUGAAGAUGGUGAAGGGCAUGGACCUGAAGGGCCUCAAGGAUAUGAGGCAUGCGCUGUUGGCGGCGGUUGCCGCCAAGAACCGCACGCUGAACCGUGGAGGUAUCUCCCCGAUGCAAGCGGUCACGGGUAGGAACACGAUGAUCCCGGGCAGCCUCCUCCAACAGCUCACGAGCGGCCAGGUCAAGUUCAAGUACAACGAGGCUGUAGGCCACAGUGAGGCGAUUGCCCGGGCGGAGCGGAUACGCAUUGGGGCGCUGGAGGCCUUCCACUGGCUGGAUUCGCAUGAUGCCUUGAGGCGGGCCUUGGCUUCCAAGUCUCGACCCCCGCAGCUGGAGGGCGUUCGCGAGGGCGCCAUCGUGUACGUCUACGAUCCCCCGGCCUCGCGUAGAGGCCUGGCUCGGCGCAUGCAAGACAACAGCAGCUGGAGUGGGCCUGGGGUCAUCGUCUGCGUGGAGCGGGACAGGCCAGUGCCGCAGCGUGUGUGGGUGCGGAUCCGAGGCCGGGUGAAGGCCUUUCCUUUGGAGAAGUUGAGGCUGGCCACUGUGGACGAGAUGGCAAGCGCCCAGUUUAUCACCCAAGCCGUGACGGGUGUCGAGGAGGAGCUGCGAGGCGGGCAGUUGCGGGUGGAACCCGAUGAUGGAGGCGCACAGUCAGCGGUGCCGAAGGGCGAUGGCGGCUCCUCGUCCUCCUCUUCAUCUUCAACUGAUGCGGAAAUGCCGGAGGACGCGAAUGACCCCGAGGACCAGGCCCUCCGCGAGCACCGGGCCAAGCUGUUGGAUGAUCUCCCGCAUCAGGUGGCGCGUAACCUCGAGGACAGGCGCAAGCGCGAGGCCGAGGCGGCGAUGGACCCCCACACUCUCGACUUCCAGAAGAAGCAGAAGCUGUUCGAGUCCUUGGUGAAACAACUUUCCCCGCCGACCCCCUUGGAGGAGGCCGGACUUCGGAAGCACUUGGAGGACACCUACGCGAAGUUCAAGGGCGUGCGGAAGGCCUUCAAGACCAAGGUCAAGGGUGCCCCCGGGCGGAGUCGCGGGGAUGGUGGCCACGAGUCCAAGGCGGAGCGCAGUCGAGUGCGUACGGUGAUGGAAGUCAGCGUGGAGGACCUAGCGCCGGGGCUGUUUCGACCAGGCGAGAUGGAGGCCCUCGUGAAUGACACCCUGGGCCAGUGGUCGCUUUGGGGCGAAGAUGCUCCCUAUGCGGAGCACGAGAUCCUGGUGCAGGUGAGUCAGAAGGCCGCGUCCGCCGAGAUGGAGGGCGUCACGGAGGUGACCACGGGGAAGGCCAGAGUGGAGUACCGUUGGUCCUCGUUGGAUACCAAGUGGAAGAACGCCUAUGUGGAGCCUUUGAAAAAGGCUGUCGGUGUGUACCUGGAUCACGACGGCAUCAAGGGCGUGGCCAAGGACCAGCUGGUGGACCCCUCCCGAAUCCUCAGCUCCCGCUUCGUCCUCACUAACAAAGGGGGUCCUAGCUUGUCCGAGGCAGAACUACGGGCCAGAUGGAUCUUUGGGGGCCACAAGGAUCCAGACGCGGGGUUGUAUGCCACUGCGUCCCCUACGGCGAGCACCCUGGGACACAACUUGCUAAACUUUGUAGCAGUGCAGAAGGGAUGGGUCGUGCACUACGAGGACGUGAGCUCGGCUUUCCUUCAAGGCAAGGCCCUUCCCCGGACCGAGAAGGUGUACGUGCGAGUGCCCCACGGGUACCCGCCUGAGGUGCUGGACUACUUGACCGAGCGCUUGGGGGGCAACGUGCGUCCGGACCUGGUGGAGCUCACGAAGGCGGGUUUCGGCUUGCCGGAGAGCCCGAGACUGUGGUAUCUCGAGUACAAGGACACGAUUGAGGAGCUCGGGCUGAAGGAGCUGGCAUUGGUUCCGGGGUUGUUCAGGGCCUUCCAUGUCUGUGGCGCUCUACGGGCUAUGGCUUCGAUCCAUGUGGAUGACACCCGCUACGCUGGAGAUGAGAGCAGCCAGGAACUCUGGGACCAGCUGCAUGCCAAGCUGAAGUUCGGCAAACUUCGGAAGGCUACUGAGGGCUGGCAGAAGUUUUGCGGGCGCUGGGAAAGACAGUGCCCCCAGACCUUGGAGAUGGAGUACUCAAUGACGGAAUACACUAAGGCGAUUCCGUUGGCAAAACUGAGGGACGAACGAGCCGAGCUCAAGCCGACGACUUCUUCGUCUACUACAACUACUUCCGGGGGUGUUUCAAAGGUGGAUGGGGUGGCUUCAGCGGCUGAAGGCCGGCCGGCGACUUCAGCGUCUACUACGACUACUUCCGAGGGUGUUUCAGAGGCGGAUGGGGUGGCUUCAGCUUUAGGUCCGUUGUCUUCAGAUGCCGAGGUGGUCUCUCUACUCUCAGAUGCAGUCAACAAGGUGGUGGGUCCUUCCGAAGCCUUGACCGAUGGCGAGCGCAAGGUGAUCAGCUCGGUGGUGGGUCGAUUGAAUUGGGCCGCAAGACAAGGCCGCUAUGAUUUGGCUUUCGUCUCCUCGAGCAUUCAGCAGCUGGCCGGACGGGGUGACCCUGCCGCUCUGAAGGUGCUGAACCAGGGGGUGAAGCGUGCCCGCGAGGACAUCAUCAUCCCGAUCCGCAACCUGGGAUGCGACCUGGACGAGGUGAUGAUCAUCUCUGUCAGUGAUGCCGCCUAUGGGGCUAUGCCUGGAGGACACAGCCAGUCUGGGGUCCUCGUGCUGAUGGCCUCUCCAAAGGUGCUCACUGGGACCGCCCCGGUGUGUGCGCUGGAGGGAUCUAGUGGCAAGAUCCAGCGGAUAGUGCGAUGCUCGAUGUCGGCGGAAGUCAGCUCCUUGGCGACAUGCUUUGAGCACGGGGACUUCGUGAGGGCGGUCUUCUGCGAGCUCGUCGACCACAAGUUCCAACUGCGGAGGUGGAAGCUUUCAGUGUCGAGGUGGCCCCACUACCUGGUCACCGAUGCCAAGACAGGUUACGACGCCCUGAACAACGACACCCUCCCGACCGACAGGAAGGUGGCCAUUGACGUGGCCGUCCUCAGGCAGGCGAUCGUCGAGGACGACACCCGCUGCUUUGUUCGCUGG